GGUGUAGGAUUAGAGGCUUGGGUGGUCAAGUGGAUGUGGGACAACAGCAGCGUAAUAGUCGAGGUUGUUGGCGACUUCUCUUCACCGCCAUGGACAAAGAGGCACUUGAUGACGUACUGCCACAUUCGCGAAUGCUUCGUUUUGGCCCUCCCCCGCCGCCCCGGGCGCCACGAGUUGAAGUUCAUAGUUAACGGCCGCUACGUCUGCGACGGCAGCCAGACGGUCAUAGCAGAUGGCAGCGGACACUUCAACAACUUGAUCCGCGUCAGGCCCGCCGCGCCGUCGCAGUUUCGUCUUAUUCGUGAACGUCUGGCGAAGCUGAAGACAAAAAGAAUUCAAAUGGAAAGAUCUCUUUCUUCACCAGCUCUCCCCUUCCCGCUGCGGCCGGGGGCCCCCCAGCAGGGGCCCCCUGAGGGGGCCCCCCAGCAGGGGCCCCCUGAGGGGGCCCCCCAGCAGGGGCCCCCUGAGGGGCCCCCCCAGCAGGGGGCCCCCUCUGGGGCCCCCCAGCAGGGGGCCCCCCAGCAGGGGGCCCCCCAGGGGCCCCCGCAGCAGGGGGCCCCCCAGCAGGGGGUUUCUCUGCAGGGGGCCCCCCAGGGGUCCCUGCAGCAGGGGCCCCCACAGCAGGGGGCCCCCCAGCAGGGGGUGUCUGUGCAGGGGCCCCCCAAGGGGCCCCCGCAGCAGGGGGGGGCCCCCCAACAAGGGGGAGGGGGCCCUAAGGGACCUGGCCUAGAGGGGGGCCCCCCCGCAGCCGCGGAUGCGCAGCGGGGCCCUGGCCCCUCCAGCAGCAGCAAGACGCAUAUCAGUGCAGCAGGACCUGCCGCAGCAGCAGCAGCAGCAGAGUGCCUGUCUCCUCCUUGGCAGCACUCCGGCAAUCUUGAGUCUGUGGGGGGCCUCUCAGACCGCCGCAGCAGCAGCAGCAGCAGCAGGAGAGACAGUUUGCUGUCGAACCGCAGCUCAGCAACAGCUCCCGGAGACGUCAGCAGGGAGCAGCAUUUGCUGCUGCAGCAGCAGCAGCUGCUGCAGCAGCAGAUGCUGCUGCUGCAGAGGCCCGAGGCUGCAGACCCGCACAGAGAAGAGGCCGCCACUGCUGCAACGCGUGCUGCUGCUGCUCUUGCUGCUGCUGCUGCAGUCGAAGAGGCGGCGAACGACCCUUUGCUGCAGCAAGGGCUGCAGCAGCAGCAGCAAGACUCAACAGCAGCAGCAACUCCCGGAUACCUUUUGCCAGAAGGUGCUGCUUCUGCUGCUUUUAUUGGCGCCGACCCAGCAGCAGCAGCAGCAGCAGCAGCAGCAGCAGAAGCACCGCUGCCUGCAGCAGUGACUGCAGCACAGCAGCCAGGACGGCCCCCGGGUACUCCAGCUGCACCCGCAGCAGCAGCAGCAGCAGCAGCAGAAGCAGCAGCAGCAGCAGCAGAAGCAGCAGCAGAUGCUCCUACGCCUCAAGAAGGCAGCAGCAGCAAAGAGACCGAGGCAGCAGCAACACUGCCUGCUGCUGAGGCCCCGCUGCUUGGAGGGGCUACCAAAAAAGCAGCAGCAGCAGCAGCAGCAGCAGCAGCAACUGAAGACUUUCAGCCCAACACUGCAGAGCAGCAGAAGCAGCAGAAACAGCACAAGACAGAGCAGCAGCAGAAGCAGCAGAAACAGCACAAGACGGAGCAGCAGCACGAGCAGCAGCACGAGCAGCAGCAGCAGCAGCAGCAGCAGCUGCUGCAGGAGCUGGCAAGCGAUACUGAGCAGUGGCCGUCGCUAGAGGUCUCGAAAUGCCUAGGCAGUUUGUCAACUGCAGCAGCAGCAACACCAGCAGCAGCAGUAGCAGCAGCAGCAGCAGCAGCAGCAGAGGGCUGCAGCAGAGGCACAAGGCGGAGACCCCGGGGCAGCAAAAGGAGACAGAACAACGGCCAGCGCUGA